AUGCUGGGUACACGCCCUGAUAUUGCGUUCGCCGUCACGAAGCUGUCUCAACAGGCUGCGAACCCAUCUGACGAGCACCUUAAUAAAGCUCUCCAUGUUUGCCGCUACUUAGUUGGCACUAAGGAUUACCGUCUUGUAUUCGACGGCAGAUCGGGUGAAGGCAUCUUUGCGAUGACCGACUCAGAUUGGGCUUCUGACCCAAGCCACAGGCGAUCGCAGACUGGAUACUUCCUGUUGCUCGCUCGUGCUUCGUUCUCCUGGGUUUCACGCGCGCAGAAAACAGUUGCGCACUCCUCUACAGAGGCUGAAUACAUGGCGUUGAGUGAUUGCUCGCGUCAAGUAGCAUGGAUUCACCAGCUCUUCGGAGAGAUUGGCUAUGAUCUUGGAGCAAUCGAGAUCUCAAGUGACAACCAAGGCGCUGUAUUUAUUGCGUCCAACCCAGUCACUGAGAAACGCUCAAAGCACAUUGACAUCCGGUAUCAUUAUAUCCGUGAGGUCAUUUCGCGAGGUCUCGUAGAUGUCACGUACAUCAGCGGCGAAGAUAAUCCCGCCGACUUGCUCAUGAAGAACUUGGGUCGCGUCAAAUUCGCAAAGUUCCUUCCAUUUUACGGUUUACGAUUCCAGAAUGCCUACCAGCCAAAGCAGCAGGCUAGUUGCGCCUCAAAGCGCACUUAA